CUAUGCGAGGUUUGUCUGCGCUGGGUAUCAUCUCUUCAUAAGCAGGUGGCCAGGCUCAAGUUACUCAGGUAUCCAAAUCUGUUGUGGUCCAGUCGUCAAGCUUUCCAAGGGCUUCUUCUGUCGCUGUUUUCUUUGAGUCGCACGCUCGUUGUUCAUCGGCAUCCAUAAUCAUAAUAUCCAUCCCUCUGUAUCCCGGCCACUUCUUCUUCGACCUACGCUUCAUUCUGCGGGACUAUGAGCAUAAUCACGCGACCAGUCAUGCCACCUCAGCGUACUAUCCGCCGACCUUCAGAAAGGGCUGUGCCUUACAGCUUGCGAGACUCAGCCAACAUGUCGUCUGCGACGCACAUGGCCGCCACUAUGACUCCCAAUAUGGCAGCAUGGCCGCCGCCGCCACAACAACCGACCAUGAGCUGGGCUGAACAACACUUGCAAGACCCUCAAAUGCAAUACGCUCAACAGACCAUGAUGCCCACCUACAUGCAACCUGUGCGACCUCAAUCAAUGCCAAACAUCCACAAUGCGCAGGAGUCAGGGCCACGACCGGGACAGAGUGGACCCUGGACGCCAGAGGAAGAUGAGACCCUCAUCAAAGCAAAAGGCGAAGGAUUAGCCUGGGACGAGAUACAUCGACGAUACUUUCCCCACAAAACAGGAAAUGCAUGUCGGAAGAGGCAUGAUAGGUUAUUGAUCAAAGCGAGGGAUCCAACCUGGGACGAGGCCAGGACCCAGAAGGUGGUCUCCCGGUACAAUCGAGUACGUGAACAAGUUUGGCGCUCUAUCGCCGAUAGUGUUGGGGAGAAAUGGGAAGACGUGGAGAGAGUUAUUCUCCAACAAGGCUGUCGAGGAUUGAGGACGCGUCCUCAGCACGGAAGAACCAGGUCUCGAGCGAGUUCUGGUCAAGCAGCACUAGGUGAAUGGGACCACAUCUCAUCAUCGACAGAGGAACGUGAAAACACGGACGAUAGCGGCAUCAGCCUUGGACAUGCAGGGCACAGUCGACGUGCCAGUGAAAUCGGGGCGGGUCAACCACAAAGUCUUCCCAAGGUGCAAUACUUGUUGUCGGAAGCUGAUAUGCAUUAUCCUUAUGCCCCGUACAGAGGAGGUGAAGGUCAGUAAAUGUGGACAGACCAUCUCAGCCCGGAAUGGU